AUGGGUAGAACAAAAGUGAAGUUUGCUUUUAUUGAAAAUAAUACUAAGAGGAGAGUGUCAUAUAGAAAAAGAAAAAAAGGAUUUUUAACCAAGGCUCGUGAACUCAACACCCUUUGCGAUGUUGAAUUGGCUACCUUAGUCAAUAGCCCUUACAACAACGAGCCUGGGAUGUUUCCAAAUCAUGAAGCUGCUACCGACAUCUUUACAAAAUUUUUCGAUCUUCCAGAGAAGGAAAGAUCAAAAAACAUGAAAACACAAGAAAAUAUAAUCACGAAAAGGAUCGAGAAAAUUGAGAAUGAACUUGAGAAAGUAAGGAAGGAAAACAAGAAAAUGGAGUAUACAAACCAAAUGUAUGGAUUGUUGAAUGGUGAAGAGAUGCCCAAUAGUAUGCACCUAGAAGAUCUCAACGAUCUCUGUUAUGUGAUUAAUAAAAAUCUCAAACUGAUAGAUGACGUGAUCGAAGCAAAAACUCACGAAGAAGGUUCUACAUCGAAUGCUCCUCAACCAAUUGCUGGACUGAUGGAUUCUCGUGGGACCAACUUCGACAUGUCAUGGUCUCCUCUUUUAGCCCCUGUUGAUACUCCAGCACUAUCCGAGAUUCCUCUUUUGGUUCCAUCUACCGUACCUAGUGGGACCAAUUUUGAGAGGCCAAGGGCUCCUCUUAAUUUGGUUCCUGAUGUAACUCCAACAUCGAUAGUUCCUCUGACGGCUCCAUUGAUGGGUCCUUCAAGCGCUCCUACUCAAGUGCCUCAAUUCAUGUUUCCUUUGAGGACUCCUCCUCAAAUGGUUCCAUUUGUUGAUCUUUCACAGGUUCGUUCAUCAUCAUCUUCACAAAGGUAUCCUAAAAUGACCUAUACAAUGGCUUAUCCAAUGUCUUCAUCAAUGCUUGUUCUUCCAAUGGCACCACAAACAAACCCUUUGACGAAUAUCCUCUCAAUGAGUGCAUCAGUGCCAAUGGAGAAAAAUGUUAAUGGAUCAUUUGACAUUCCACGGAGUCCUUCAUUUUCUGAGUUGUUGAGCUUAAAUGAUGAUGAGAUAAUGACUUUACUUGAUGAUACAUCUUUCGACAUUCAUGUUCAAGAUCCAAAUCACCACCACAACAACAACUUAUAA